AUGUUUGGCAACAGACCAGAAAGUUUGGGGAAAACAGAACAUUCCGUGUCAUCCGGUAGAUCACUUUUCUCCACUCAAAACCCAUUGAAACCAAUCAUGUCGAAAAAGAAAGAUCAAGAAAAAUUCAAUGCCUAUGCAAUCAAUACUAACGAUGCAUGGGAAAUCGACGAUAGAGCAAUGACACUUAGAAUACUUGAUAAGAACGACACGAAUAACACAGAUGAUAACGAUGAUAGUGGUUUAACCAGUCCAAAACAGAAAGCCGAAGACAUCCUAUUGACAAAUGCUCAACAACAAAAAUCUACAAAUGCUCGCCGUUCAAAUGUAUCAACGAAUUCAAGCUCAACAACUCAUUCAGGCCUUGGACGACGACUAGGUGAUCCAUCAAAUGCCAAAAUAUCCGUGCCAUAUCGUUUCACAAACAAUAGCAACUCUUCGAUUACAAAAAAUGCUAAAUCGAAUAUAUUGGAUGUCGAUCAACAAAAGGAGAAUAAAUUCAAACAAAUAUUCGAUCAAUCAACCGUCGAUCUAAAUGAUUUACGAAAAGCCAGUUGGAACGGAAUUCCUAAACCAUAUCGUCCACAAGCAUGGAAACUACUCUGCGGAUAUUUACCACCUAAAACUGAACGUCGAGAAGACACAUUAUCGCGCAAACGCGAUGAGUAUUGGUCCUAUGUCGAUCAGUAUUAUCAUACCAGAACGGAUAGCGAGCAUCAAGAUACAUUUCGACAGAUUCAUAUCGACAUUCCACGCAUGACUCCGCUCAUGCCAAUAUUUCAACAGAUCCUAGUGCAGCAACUGUUCGAACGUAUUUUAUUUAUUUGGGCUAUUCGCCAUCCUGCGAGCGGUUAUGUACAAGGAAUUAAUGAUCUUGUCACGCCGUUUUUUGUCGUAUUUCUCUCCGAGUUUGUCGAGAAUGAUGCUGAUAUUGAAAACUUUCCUGUUGAUUCAUUAUCAGAAUCAGACCGACGUCUUAUCGAAGCGGAUAGCUAUUGGGCGACAUCCUAUCUGCUCGAAGGUAUCCAAGACAAUUAUACAUUUGCUCAACCCGGUAUUCAAUAUAAAAUUCGGGCAUUAGAAGAAUUGAUCAAACGCAUCGAUGAACCACUCUAUCGUCAUCUCAAGAAUCAAAAUAUCGAAUUUUUGCAAUUCAGUUUUCGUUGGAUGAAUAAUCUUCUCAUGAGAGAGCUACCUAUCCGAUGUACUAUUCGUCUUUGGGAUACAUAUCUAGCUGAACAAGAUGGCUUCUCUCAAUUUCACUUGUACAUAUGUGCAGCGUUUUUAAUUCGCUUUUCCAAGAGCCUUCUACGUGAGCGAGAUUUUCAAGGUUUACUACUUUUUCUUCAAAACUUACCGACACAUUCAUGGACAAGCAAUGAUAUAAGUAUACUAACAGCGGAAGCAUAUCAAUUGAAAGUGAUGUUUGCCGAUGCGCCAAGACAUUUAUCAAAUUCAUGA